CUUCUUCUUCCUCCCCGUCGUCUUCCUCCCGUGGAGAACGCGUAUAUGACACCUGCCCUCCUUCGCUUCCUCCUCCCUUGUCAUCGCCCUACACCCAAAUAGCGCUUCGAGAAGGACUGCGGAGACAGAACACGAUGGGGUUCGGUUGCGAUCCCGAGCUCCGGCUCUCGCUCGGCGGCCGGGACGACGACGAAGGCAGCAGCUCGAACGAGCAGUGCAAGUCUGCGAGGCUCAGCAGGGUUGAGUCGAUGCUGAGAAGCUCGACGCAGCACCAGCAGCAGGUGACGACGGUCUUCUGCAAUGGCCGGGUCUACCUCUGCGACGCCACCGAGAUCCAGGCAAGAGCGAUCAUAUCCAUGGCCAGGAGGGAGAUGGACGACACGAUGACAAAGAAGAACCAGCAGCAGCCGACGGCGCCGCCACCUCCUCAGGCUGUGCCGCAGAUCCUCAACCCCGGGCUGUCCAUGAAGCGAUCCCUGCAGCGGUUCCUGCAGAAGAGGAAGGCCAGAAUCAGCGAUGUCUCCCCUUACACUCAAAGACACAAGCUGUUCCUCCCGAUCGAAUCACAGCAGGCUUAACUCCUGCAACUGUUCUUGAUGCGUUUCAAGAAGAGAGGACCAAAGAGAUGAUUGUAUUGUUCUCCCUUUCUGAUUUCUUAUUCCUUUUUCCUGAUAUGUUUGAGCUUGACAUAGACGUUGUUUUACAUAUCAGGCUUUUGAAAGGUUUCUCCAUCCAUAUUGUAUUAUGUUUGAUCAAUUCAAGUUUAGCUGCAAAUUAAUGGGUAUUGAUAA